AUGCCCAACGGCGGCCCGACCAGCAAGGGCGCGGGCCUCGACGAGAAGAUGAAGGGCGCCACCCACCAGGAAGCACUCUACGAGCACAAGCGUUGGAAACGGCCACAGCGCAAGGCGCUCAUGGAGCAGAACGAGCUGGCAAAUCGGCGGGACAUGGCAUUCGAGAGGGCGAGAAUCCCCGCGAUCGACCCCGAGGAGGAGCAGGGCAGCGAGCAGGUCAAGGGCAAGGGCAAGAUCAUGCGCGAGCCAGCCAAGAGCCAGCAGAGCCAGCGCAAGGUCUUUGCGCAGAAGCAGGCCAUCCAGUUGCUGAAGGCCACGGUCAGAAGGCAGGAGCGCGCGUCCAACCGCAUCGCGGUGCUCUCCGAGCCCAUGGUGUGGAACCAGGCGCCUGCGCUGACCACCACCCUGCCCAACGGCGUGCGCGUCGUCACCAAGGAGGGCUUCGGAGACCUGGCGAGCGUGGGGGUCUUCCUGGACGCCGGGGUGCGCGACGAGACCAAGGACCUCGAGACACCGUGGGCGCCACCCACCUCCUCGAGCAGCUGA